GACACGCACACGUGCCGAAUUCCCUCUGCAAAACACUUUGUUGAAAACUUGGACACGUCCCGGCGCCAAACGCUUUUAGUCGCUAUAUCCGACGAAAUGCUUCUCUCUUUUUUUUUUGGCGAUUGGCGAUUGCAACCUAAGAUGAACGGCUACGUAAUUUGACUGUACGACUAGGAGAAAAAGCCGAUUCAUCUUUGAUCGAGUAAAUUUAACGAACGACACACAUCAUUUACUUGCGAACCUAAAAAUGACCGCUACAUUAAAGAGUUUCAACUACUUCUCUUUCAUUAACCCUCGGCUCCAUUACUAUACAAUUCUGGCCUGUCGUCUUCCUCGAUUCCAGCCAGCUUCUUCGUUCUUCAAUUCUGAAUUUCGAUUCUUCCAAUCUAACCAUCUCUUCUCUUCACAGAGUGGAUCACUCAUGGAAGUGUUUAAAUCAGUUUCUUCAGAAGGUUCUAAUUCCUGCGACAAGAUAGCGAUUAAAGCCGAUGGAAAGAGUUACUCUUAUGGCCAGCUAACAUCGUCUGCCUUGAGAAUAUCUAAACUAUUCUGCAAAGAUGAUACCACAAACGGAGGUGAAACUAGCAAGUAUGAAGGGUUUGGUAGUCUUCAAGGAGCUAGAGUUGGAAUUGUCGCAAAGCCUUCAGCUGAGUUUGUUGCCGGAGUUCUGGGGACUUGGUUUAGUGGCGGCGUUGCGGUUCCACUUGCACUCAGCUAUCCUGAAGCUGAACUCUUACACGUGAUGAAUGAUUCGGAAAUAUCUCUGUUACUGAGUACAGAGGACCAUAGUGAAACUAUGAAAGCUAUCGCAGCAAAGAGUGAUGCUCGAUUUCUUCUGAUUCCCCAUGUUGUUAACUCAACGUCGGAAACUGUGGCUAGCAAUCAGUUUCAAGAUGCCAGUUUUGAAGAGGAAGGAAAGCUUCUAGAUGAUCCAGCGUUGAUCGUCUAUACUAGUGGUACAACUGGUAAACCAAAAGGAGUUGUCCACACUCACAAUAGCAUCAAUUCCCAGGUAAGAAUGCUAACUGAAGCUUGGGAGUACACAUCUGCUGAUCAUUUUCUCCACUGCCUCCCACUACAUCAUGUUCAUGGGCUCUUCAAUGCUUUAUUUGCUCCCCUUUACACACGGUCUUUGGUUGAGUUUUUGCCCAAAUUUAGUGUUAGUGGAAUCUGGCGUAGAUGGCGUGAAUCAUAUCCGGUGAAUGAUGAGAAAACUGAGGACGCCAUAACUGUAUUUACUGGGGUUCCGACCAUGUAUACUCGGUUGAUACAAGGUUAUGAAGCAAUGGAUAAAGAGAUGCAGGACUCGAGCGCUUUUGCUGCACGGAAGCUUCGUCUAAUGAUGUCUGGCUCCUCUGCUCUCCCUCGACCAGUCAUGCAUCAAUGGGAAAGUAUCACAGGUCAUCGUCUUUUGGAAAGAUACGGCAUGACUGAGUUUGUAAUGGCAAUAUCAAACCCAUUACAAGGUGCACGGAAGGCAGGUACUGUCGGCAAACCGCUUCCCGGCGUGGAGGCGAAAAUCAAAGAAGAUGAAAAUGAUUCGAAUGGAGUGGGUGAGAUUUGUGUUAAAAGCCCAUCUUUGUUCAAGGAGUACUGGAAUCUUCCAGAGGUGACUAAAGAAUCAUUUACGGAAGAUGGCUACUUCAAGACGGGAGAUGCUGGUAGAGUGGAUGAGGAUGGAUAUUUCGUUAUUCUAGGACGCAAUAGCGCUGACAUUAUGAAGGUUGGAGGAUACAAAUUGUCAGCCUUAGAAAUCGAAUCAACUCUUCUCGAGCACCCUAAGGUUGCAGAAUGUUGCGUGUUGGGGUUACCAGACAAAGAUUAUGGGGAAGCCGUAACUGCGAUAGUUGUAGCAGAGACCGAGGCAAAGAGGAAAAGAGAAGGUGAGUCAAAACCUGUAGUAACCUUGGAAGAACUCUGCGGUUGGGCUAAAGACAAGCUUGCUCCGUACAAGUUACCAACACGUUUGCUGAUAUGGGAGAGCUUGCCCCGCAACGCCAUGGGAAAGGUGAACAAGAAAGAGCUAAAGAAAUCUCUGGAUGAUCAAGAGUAAAUUCUCGGACAACAAUGGAUGUCUCUGGUUGCUUCUUGUUUCUUUGAUAGCACAACACAAAAAUGCAUAAAUGUAUCUUUCGAUUUUAUUUUAUUGUUGUCUCUGUAUUAUGUGGUUGGCUAAAUAAGAAUCUGAAACUAUCUGGAAAGUAAACCGUAAUUAUAUUUGUUUGGUACUCAUCAUCCUUAAAAACGUAUACAGUAAAAUUUUGAUAUUAUAUAUUACCGUGUCAUGCAUGAUUGGUCUAAAAAAA